UGACCUAAUUCCGUGAUGUCAAAGAUAAGUUCAUUGUUAUAUAUGUAAAAUUUGACACAUGUUUGUAGAGUUUAGGCAUAUACACAACAAAGAAGAUCAUGAAAGGAGUUACAUAUUCCAUAAUUAGCGUGUCUGUAAUUACGUUUUUCUCAGUUACAGUAAGUGGACAGACGUCGGAUUUGACGUGUAAAAAAUGUGACAGAGUUGCCAGUCUUGACUUUUGUUCUGGUUCCCAGAAAUGCGCUGAUGAUGAGGUCUGUUAUAUGGACGAACUAAUUACUGACCAACUUACAGUAGUUUACACUGGUGGAUGCCGAGCAAAAAGUGUAUGCAAAUCAGGUGUGGGCGGAUCUCCAUCAAUAGGAAGGCGUGAUUUACAUAAGAGAGGUGACCUUGUAGCUUGCUCAAGAUGUUGUGAUUUAAAGCGGAAGUCUGGAGGUCUUGAUUGUAACGCCAGACUGUGCGGGAUAAAAUAUACCGAUACAAAUUCAACAAGGUGUUACCUUUGCGAUAAUACAAAGUCGGACUCUGAACAAGGCGAUGUCGAUAGGCCAGUGGACUGUUUGUCCGAAACCACAUGUCAACCGAAUGAGGCUUGUGGAUCCAAAAGACUCGAUUUCGAUGGAACUGACAGCUAUAGAUAUACAUGUCUUCCAAAACUUAUUUGUACAUUAUUGACAAAAGAAGCACUCAAAAGGAAGGAUGAGUGUAUGACGAACCCAGAUGUUAAUGUGUGUGGGAAUAUUGGUAAGCGUGCGGCCACCGAGCAAUGUACCGCGUGUUGUGGUGACGGACUUUGUAACAGUGGCACUUGCGAGGAAAUUCUUGACCGACUAUACAACUUAUGGAAAGGCGGUGCUCUAGAUUUUGAUACGCUGAGACAAAAUGGUAAUCCGGUUCCACCACCGACAACAGUAGCACAGACAACAAAAGCAGGUCCUACAAAGCCACCCACUAAUCCCCCUACUAACCCUCCUACAAACCCACCUACUAAGCCUCCUACAAACCCACCUACAAACCCACCUACUAACCCGCCUACAAACCCACCUACUAAGCCUCCUACAAACCCACCUACUAAGCCUCCUACAAACCCACCUACAAACCCACCUACAAACCCGCCUACAAACCCACCUACAAACCCUCCUACAAACCCUCCUACAAACCCACCUACAAACCUUCCCACAAACCCACCUACAAACCCACCUACAAAGCCUCCUACAAACCCGCCUACUAACCCACCUACAAACCCGCCUACAAACCCACCUACAAACCCACCAAAACCUGUGACGGCAACCGUCGUUGUUGCAGGCGCAAGCUCUCCUGCAUCGACAAAUACUACGGCAAUUAUUGGCUAAUUGCUAACCAUAUGUUCUUAUUCAUUGAAAUUAAUUAUAAUGUACAUAAGCAUGUGUUCAAUGCGUUGUAUAAAUGUGAAUUGAAUAAAAUGGUGAUGAUAUUUCUCC